AUGCCUCCGCAGUCGGGUGCUACUGUGGGAGAACCAGAACCUGGCUCAGGCAUUGGACAGUUUUUCACAUGGGAAGAGAUAGGACUCCGCACAGGGAAAGGAAACGCCAAAGAAGAGAGAUGGCUGGUCAUUAACAGGAAAGUCUAUGAUGUCAGCCAGUUCUUUAGGCGGCACCCGGGAGGAAUGAGUGUCAUCAGCCACUAUGCAGGACAAGAUGCCACGGAUGCCUUCACAGCUUUCCACAAGGACGAAGCCUUAGUAAGAAAAUACAUGAGUUCGCUGCUAAUUGGGGAGCUGGCACCUGAUCAGCCAAGUUGUGAGCCUACCAAAAAUGAAAUGCUGAUACAUGAUUUUCGUGAACUCCAUAGCACAGUGAAGAGGAUGGGACUCCUGAAGACCAGUUUUCCCUUCUUUAUCUUCAUGUUUCUGCAUGCUUUCCUGCUAGACAUUGCCUCCUGGCUCAUCAUUUGGUACUUUGGAAACUCCUGGGUACCCUUCUUUUUGGGUGUAGCAGCAUUCACCACUGCACAGAUCCAGUAUGGAUUCCUUCAGCAUGAUCUUGGGCAUGUUUCAGUCUUUCAGAAACCCAAGUGGAACAGACUAGCUCACCUCUUUGUGGCAGGAAUACUUAAGGGCGGCCCACCCAGCUGGUGGAAGCACAUGCACAAUCAGCACCAUGCCAAACCCAACUGCUUCCGCAAAGAUCCUGAUCUCAACAUGCACCCACUCCUCUUCAGCCUGGGGAAGACCCUCUCUUUAGAGCUUGGACAGAAGAAAAAGAAAUACAUGCCAUACCAACACCAGCACAAAUACUUUGUCCUUCUGGCCCCAAUGACAUUUGUUGUCUUUGUGCAACUGAUUAUAUUUCGUUUUUCCAUUACAAGGAGAAAAUGGGUGGAACUCAUCCUUACUGUGACCUACAAUAUCCGUGUCUGUCUCAUGUUCAUUCCUUUAAUGGGAUUUAAGAGUUUCAUGGCCUACUACUGGCUGUCCAGGUUCCUAGAAAGCAACUGGUUUCUCUGGGUCUCACAGAUGAACCACAUUCCAAUGAAUAUUGAUUAUGACCAGAACUUAGACUGGGUCUCUGCCCAGCUUGCAGCAACGUGUGAUGUGGAUCAGUCCUGGUUCAAUGACUGGUACACGGGGCACCUGAACUUCCAGAUUGAGCAUCACCUUUUCCCAACGAUGCCUCGGCACAAUUAUUGGAAGGUUGCUCCUCUGGUGAAAUCCCUCUGUGCCAAGCAUGGCAUUCGGUACCAGUGCAAGACCCUGCCCACAGCCUUUGCAGACAUUUUGCACACCCUGAAGGAGUCCGGGGAGUGCUGGCAAGAUGCUUAUUUCCACUGA